GGACUGGGGGGAGGAGGAGGAGGGGGGCGCAGGCAGGAACAGGAAGCAUCUUUCCAACAAGAGCUUCAUCUGAUCGUCGUCAAUAUGUCCAUCAAAGAGAGAACAUUAAGUUUGAUAAACAGGACCACUUCGUUAAAUCCAAAUGCACAAGAAUUUGUACCUUCAUCCCUCAGAUCUGUCAAUGAUGUUUCCAAUAGAUCAGACACAUCCAGGAUUUCUGUAUCAGGGUCCUCCAAAGACACUAUUGCAGACCAACAAGAGCCUGUUAUACCAAGCAACCCUGAUGAAGAAGCACAUCGGUACUGGCAAGAACAGCUCCCAGAUGAUAUUACCCCUGAUUUCAAAGUUCUGGGACAAGAUGAGACGCCUGGACCUGAUAAUCUUUCACUCAUUGGCUUGUCAAUAAAUGAUAGCAUUGGUGCUUCACUAUUUUCUCCAAACCAGACAUCGAAUUUGCAGCACCACGCUUCUCCUUUUAUUCAGGACACACUAAGCGCACGUGCAAAGAUCGAGUUCCCUAGCCCAACAUAUGUAGAAGAACAGUCACGAGCAACUAUUAUGAGUCCAACUGCAAGCACUAUGAGUCCCACUGCUGCUCCGUGGGUAAAGACAGUAAGAAGUGGUGGACAAUACAAUGCAAACAGAAGGGAUGCUAACCAUUACAAUGGAGAUUCUAGCAUUGGAGCUCCAGUGCAAAACCUUACUGAUGCAUACUUCGGAAGCAGGCGUAGCUUUAGCUCAACUAUGGAUAUCAUGAAUCAGCUGGAGAAUAAAGUUGAUGGACGACUCAAUCAGAAUCUGAGGUCACUGUCAUUUGGACAUUCAAGUCCACCAUCACCAGCAUCAUAUGGCCAAAAUGGUCUUAUGAACUAUAACAAAGAAGCUUUUGGUCUGGCAAACAAUAACUAUAGAUCCCAUUCAGCUGUAAUCGCAGAUGAUAUACUUUCACCUUCAGCUGGUCGGGAACAUAUUUCUCUGGAUGCUCCUAGGGGGAGGUUCAGUACAACUAAUUUGCCUGUUUCUGGCCUUGGUUCAAGCAGAGGCUCUCAGUUGAUGGCUAGCUCAUUCAAUGGCAAUCAUGACAUGGUGUCAAACAACACACUGCAAAAUGUAGCUGGAGUUCAAACAGGACCUGCUUGGCUUGAAACUGAUGCUGCGGCAAACAUGUUUUUGGAAUCAAAGGAUGAAGUUCAUGAUUUUGCAAGUCUGCGGCAUGCGCUUCUGGAACAGGAUAGGCAAGCUUUUCUAACUGGUGGCAAUCCUUUAGCAAAGGGACUAAACAUCAAGGAGCUGUACAAUAUGCAAAGCAGAUUAGCUCAGGAGAAGGCUAGAGAAACAAUAUUUCGCCAAAGAUUUCAAGUGCCAGAAUUUCAAGGACUGGUUCAGGAGCAAAACACCCCGAUUGACCUGUGCGGUCUUCAUGUAAGCGAGGCGAUACACGUCCUGAACUAUGAGCUCAACAACCGGCGGAAGAUUGCGCGAUCCACAGGCCGCCGUCUCCAGGUGAUCAUAAUCUCAAGCACCCGUACUCCGGCGAGGCUGACCGCCGCCGUCGAGCAGUACCUCCUGGAGCACGGCCUUCAGUAUACGCAGGCACAGCCGGGCCUCUUCCGUGUGCUGUUACAGUGAAGUAACAGAUGUUUGUGUGCACGAUGAGAUGAAAGAAAAAAAAAAGAGGAGGAACAGAAAAAGAAUGACCCCCUGUACUAUUGUAUAUGUCAGAGAUGAGAAGUAGCAGAA